UUUAAAUUCAAUCACCGCAUCUUCAUUCCAGAUCAUUUGCAUAUUCACUCAUGAUCUGCCUUACAUUCAUCUUCUUAUUGCUGAUUUAUGCGAUCUUGCAAUUAGACUUUUUGACAAUGGCAAAAGGCGAGUGCAUUACCAUCAAAUAAAAACAAAAAGCUUAAAAUCCAUCUAUGUAUGCUCCCAAUUCAUCCAUCCUUGGACGGGACGAGUAAGACCCUCUUAUGCAGCCUUUUUUUUAUUAAUCUAAGACGAAAAUCUAUGCAACAAUCUGUUUGGCAGUAUUCCCACUGAGUGAGAUUGUACCUACUUGAAUUCUCAUUGGCAGACAGAAUUCACACAAUGGAUACAGUGUAAAGGCAAACAUCUUCCCAUCCAUACCACCUUUCAUCCACCAUUCGUCACAUUAUCGUUCUUAUCCGAUUGAGGCACUGAUUCUUUGCGAGCGUUUCGUUUGCUCGAGUUUCAGUGCUGAAGUCGUCAAGAUGGCGUUGGAUUCUUGUUCAAGUGGAAGUGCAAUAGAGAACGGAUUGCAACGAAUCAACCUAAACACCAAGCAGUUCAAUCCAGAUCACCAUGAAGCAAAAGCUCGUAAUCAAGGAAUAGAAAAUUUCCCUAGUCAACCAAAGAUCGUUCACAAUCCAGCCCAACCAGCAGAAAACGAUAGUGUAGGAUGGCAAAGAUUUCUUGCUGCUUAUCAAUCAGGCAAAUGGGAAUCAUGCGAUGAUGAAAAAGAAAUAAGUUCAACUGAUGAUUCUCCUUCAGCAGAUCUUACGAUCGUCUAUGAUUCACAUGGAACUCCAAUGGAUAAUAAGGAUUAUUUCCAUCAUUAUCAUCACCUUGCUGCUCCCAACCUUCCGCCAAUGAAGAGGAGAAAAAGACAUGAAGCAUUACUACGGCAUGGUAUCGUAAAAUCACAUUCACGACAGCAUUUACAGCGGUAUGCGGAAAUGGCUAAACGUAUUUUCGAUUGCGAUAUGGUCACACUUUCGUUUGCAAGUGCGGAUGAGAGAAACAUCAUCUUUUUAGCAGCAGAUGGUCCUCCUAUAAGUCAAGUACCUACUUGUGCUAGCAUCUGUUCUCACGCACUCUUGCUUGAAGGUGAUUCGGAUAUCUUCGUCGUUCCGGAUAUGGCACAAGAUUGGCGUUUUGAUAGGCUGUUUGGCAAAGAAGGAUUUCACAAAGAAAUGACGUAUAGAUUUCAUGCUUCUGCGCCAAUCCUUCUAUCUUGCUCAGAGACACCUUGUUGUAAGAUGAGCGUUUCGCCUAUUCAUGCAGGUCGAUUCAGUAUCUUUUCCUCAAAGCCUCGACCUAAUUUUGACAAGGAAGAUGCAAAGAUUUUGUUGGAUUUCGCACGUAUGACGCAAGAAGCAAUGGAGAAUGAAUUCUUGAACAAAUUUGCCAGUAGAAGCAGAAAGCUUCAACGUGAUUCUACAAGAAUACUUUCCAGCCUGAACACUUCACUCGAACAGAGAUUACGCUCCAAUGCAACCGUUAGAGCCGUUGGCUUGCAAAUGCCAGGGAUGGGUGACCUAUUUCCUCUAAUGCCAGACGAUAAACCGAUAUCGGCAAAUCCAACAAGCCCGGUGCUGGGAGAUGGAAAACCGGUGUAUGCCAGUAUAUUGGAGGAUGUCGAAGCAAUGCAAGGUUUUCUCCAGGCGAUUCGCUCAAGUCUUUCGGCAAAAUCGGCUUGUUUGAUAGACGGUUCCAACUUAUCGACCAGUCCACUAAAAGAAGAAACACAUUCGACCACCAGCGAGAUAGGAAGCGAUGACGGUAAACAUCUUGAGAUUGGAAGGAAGGAAGAAGCGAUUUCCAUGGUUGCGAUCACGGGUGAAUCCGCUUUAGUCCCGCAAAUGAGAGACGAUCGUACCUUUUCAUCUCUUGAGAGCUGGUUCGAAAUGGCAAAAUCAGACACAUCGCGGAAGCAACCGCAUUUAUUACAACUUGGACAAAUUUCGCAAGUUGAACCGAUUAGAAAUGCUAUCAUAAAUCGUACAAGGAAUCGACGAAGCGGAAAAUGUCCUUAUGGCGUUCAUGGAGUAACGAGAGAUUCCAAGGAUGAAUUACCAUGCUGUUGCAUUUUGUCAACAGAAGAUGCCGUAAAGCUUAUUGAGCCUAUCCUGCCAAGCGCUGUAGCGACUUGCUUGGUCAUUCCAAUCGUUGCUGAAAAUGCUAUUAAUCUCAAAAAAGCACCAUUAGCAAUGAUGUGCCUUACAUGGGAUCAAUCCGUUGCAGUCAGUGCAAUGGAGCUUGACUUUUGUUCCAUGUUAGCAAUUCACCUCGCAGGUCUAGCUUGUCAGGAACAAGCUUCUGUUAUCAGCAAUGGUCAAUUAAACCUUAUUCGGAUCAUGCAACACGAAUUACGUACUCCAUUAAAUGGAAUAAUGGGCGUUUCAGAAGGCCUUCGGGAUGGCAAAGAUGAAGCAUUUUUCGGAAAGGAGACAAAAGCCAAAUGGUCAGCAAAUCUUGAGCUUGAACCCGGAAUGAUGGCAAGGAGAAGUAUCGGUGAUCCGACAACACCUCUUUCAGCCGGAUCGAAAAGGUCUGAAGGAAAUGAGGUAAUCAAAGCGGCAAGGGUUUUGGCUCCUCAACUGGAAUCAAUUCAUGUUUCCAGUAUGAUGCUAAAAACGAUUCUAGACGACAUUCUGACCUUGGAUAACAUGUUCGAUGGUUCAAGCGGAGCAAGAAAACAAAAGCCUGAAAUGCGCAACAGAGAUUCUUUCAGAUUGUUUGAAUUUGCUGAAGUGAUUGAAAGUGCUUGUCGGGAAGAACUUCGAUAUUCAGAUCUACAAGCGAUGCGGAUCUUCCGAGCCGUCAAUACAGGAGGUUCUUCGGCCACGCCUUCGGAAAGAACAAAGACCCCAACAUCAGGCUUACGAGGUACUACUUUAGCAGCAACUGCCGGAUUGAUGGAAUCAGCGGAAAGACAGGAGGCAAAUGACCUGAUUGACAGCGAAGAUCCAAACACGCCAACACAUUCUUCUGUGUCGCCCGAAUCUCAUUUACAGCCAGAAUUGCUUUCGGGUAACCUUACCAUGAUCACUCUACCGCCGUCUAUCACUGUCAAAAUCGAUGAAAAAUUAACAAAUACACCGAUUGGAAAUAGGGAAAAGUUACACAAGAUCGUGGGAAGGUUAGUGAGCAACGCAAUCCGAUUUACACCACAAUCAGGCUUAGUAGAUGUUGAAGUACGUCUAUCGUCUUCUUCACAUUUGACUCAUCACGUUGAGGAGGUACAGAAAGAGGGUCUUGCGCAGAAUAAGAACGGAGAAACAUCCACUUCUAUUUGCUCUUUGCCGGGAGAGGGGAUAAAGCUUCUAGAAAGGAUAUCUGUGGAUACCUAUUGGAUUCAAUUACUCGUGAAGGAUUCGGGUAUUGGUAUGCGAGAUGAUUUCCUACAAGAUAGCUACCUGAAACCGUUUACAAAAGCAGACGGUUUCACUCAGGGUAUCGGAUUGGGGUCUACUGUUGCGUUUGCGUUGAUCAAAUCUAUGGGCGGUGCAUAUACUAUUCAAAGUAGGAUCGACAAAGGCACAGAAGUGAACGUGUUCUUACCCUUUUCAAAGAAUGGCAAGACUUUCACCAAUCCGAAUCCUGAGAACGAACUUAAAGUUGAAAAAGAUCAUCAAAAAAGCAUCUUUACCACCGCGAUCUUUGUCGGAUUUGAAAGUGAACCAGGAACGAAGCAUGUCAGUGCAAUUCUGCAAAAUAUCAUGGAAAAGAACGGAGUGCAAUGUAUACAGGAAGGAAGCCGGCCAUCUGGAGGGAUAAGGCGGACUAAUAGCAGAUCUCCCCCUCAAAUGAAGGAUCGCCGAUUAUACGUCAUUCACGAAAAUGCACUUUCCGCAUCUAAGGCCCAAUUGCCUUCAGAUCUUGGUCAGUCAAACGUAUAUUCGAUCGUUAUUACUCGAAAUGCGCUCAGACUAAAGCCAGAACCUGAAUCGAUGAUGCUCGUGAGAAGUGGACCACACGUUUUACUCAUUCCCCCUUUUGGUCCCUCUACUUGGGAUAUGUUGGAACAAUUACUGAAAGUUCCUAUGGAUACGAGCAUUAGUAGAAAUGGAGCAUUCGAGCUUGCACAGGCGCCCACAAACAUAGAUCUUUCCGGUACAAAUCGGCCAAUUGUGGAUAAAGCAGCUCUACCAUCGGCGGAAGAAGAACAGGGAGAUUAUUUCUCACAAUCUACACCGGUGGCUGAAACAGAUCAAUCUCGAGACAGUCCUGUAGAAGAAGGAGUCUCCCCUUUCUCCACACUUACAACGCCUCGAGCCAAUGCACAAUCUUCUCCCUCAGGCACUGUACCUGAAAAGAAUCCGGAUCGCAAACUUCCCGCGAUCGUGAAAGCCAUCAAAACGCCAUUUUCUUUCUCCGUUCUUGCCGUUGAAGACAAUCCGAUCAAUAUGCGUUUGCUCACUACGGUGUUGCGUAAGCUUAAAAUUCCAUUUACAGAAGCAAAAGAUGGGGUAGAAGCUGUUGAGAAGUUUAAAUCGUACAAACCAUCAGUAGUCUUGUUGGACAUAUCUUUGCCUUUGAUGGAUGGCUUUGAUGCUUGCAUAGCCAUGCGAAAGUACGAUUUACCCAUUCGACCUAAAAUCAUCGCGAUCACCGCCAUGAGUACUGAGGAAGAUAAAUAUCGUGGCCUACAAAUUUGCGGAAUGGACGAAUGGCAAACAAAGCCUGUAAGCCUUAAUAUGCUAAAAGCCAGAAUCGCCGAAUUGCGCCAGGAACAUGAAGACUCGACAAAGUGAGGAGAAGAGCAACAAUUCAUACAACAUCAUUUAUAUUUUUAGUCCCCGUUUCAUUUGGUUCACCUGUCGUCUUAUCUGUAAUUUUAAUGACUCUUUGGCAAUAGUUGACGUGAAUGACAUUUAUCUGCAAGUCAGCCGUU